AUGGUCAAAGCCUCUGCAAUUAUUUGCCUCACUUCAUCCGGGAGGGCUGCAGUAUUGAUUGCAAAGUACAGGCCAUCAAUGCCUCUGAUAUCUAUUGUCAUCCCUUGGCUAAAGAAAAAUCAACUGCGCUGGAGUUUCUCUGGUGCUUUUGAGGCAAGGCAAUCCCUGUUUGUUAGAGGUCUAUUCCCCAUGCUGCCUGACCCUAGACAUCAUGCAUAUUCAAAAAGUGGCACAAAUGAACCGGUCUUGAAGGAUGCUUUAGAUCGUGGAAAGGCCGUAGGUGUUAUAAAGCCGCAUGACCUUGUCGUCGUUUGCCAAAAAGCUCUAGGAUGCAUAUGUUGUAAAGAUCAUUGA